GUCGACCUGUCAGUAGCUAAUCCGCGGCUACCCCACCCUAUAUAUCUGAAAUCCCCAAUUUCAUUUCUCAGCUUCGAUUGAAUUCUACAGCUCUCUCUCACUUCGUGAAACUCCAUCUCUGCUAGCUUUUCUCACUCGACCUCAAUUCAUCCCCACCGAAUUGUCUCUCUUCCUAAUAUCUUUACCUUCCGUUCGGAACAUCUCUCUCGAUCGAGGUAAGUAUCGUUAAAAUCAGUGAUCCGAUGCUCCGAAUCGAGGAUAUGGAGAAAUCGGAGGCCGAAUUGCGGAUCUGUGUCAAGAAGCUGCGGCAGAACGUUGAGGAGCGGGAUGAGAUGAUCCGGUUCAUGUCGAGGAAGGCGGAUGAUGAGGAGGAUGUGAAGGAAGCAGAGAUCCGUGGGCACAGAUCGAAGAGCAGGGCCACGUUUGGCAGGAAUGUGGCAGAAGGCGGCGAUUUAGGGAAGUAUUGAAUGGAUUUUUCGAGGAUUCGGAGAAUUAGGGUUUCUCAGGGGUUAGAUCCGGUCCCUGAGGCUUGUUUCAUGGAGAGGAUUAUGGAAAGGAAUGCUGCUGAAGCAGAUAGGAUGAUAGUUCUUUACAAGCAGAGGAAUGACUUGGGGAGGGAUUUCUUGCCAUCAGCUUCUGUUGCUUGGAUGGAACGGUCGAGUGAAUGGCAGCAGAUUGUGGAGAAACUUCUAAUUGCAGCUGUUGCAGAUGCUGAUGUUAGUGUUCGUCAGUCAGUCUUUCUAUCUCUGCAUGGAAAUGGAGGUUUCGAUGAAUUUUUGGCACAGGCUGAUAGUUUGAGUGCUAUCUUUGUUGCUCUUAAUGAUGAGGAUUUUGAUGUUCGAGAGUUUGCUAUAUCAGUUGCUGGCAGAUUGUCUGAAAAGAAUCCAGCAUAUGUUCUGCCUGCACUUCGUCGCCAUCUCAUACAAUUGUUGAUGCAUCUUGAGCAAAAUGCAGAUAACAAAUGCAGAGAAGAAAGUGAUAAACUCUUGGGCUGCCUAAUUCGCAACCUAAUGUUGCAUUAGACAUAAGCAAAAAUCAAAAGCAGCCUUCAUAUAAGGAGAUGGGUAGCUAUGAUGCAAUGAUUAUGUAGAAGCUUGCUGCCAUGCAGCAGUUGGAACGUGAGCUUGAGGCCAUCUUUGCCAUUGAUUACCGGGGAAUUAUGUUAUUCUUAGUGAAGAAGUUCUUGCGGGAAUGUUUGGAGGAUCUAGUAGGUAAAGAUGCCUAAGAGAAAUCUGAUGCUGCUAUAGAAACCCUUUUACAAGAGCUUCUAGAUGAAAGAAAUGUCAAUAAAAGACCGGAUGAUUCAAAACAGAUACAGGAAAAGUCAGAGAAAAAAAAAGAGAGAUUAUAGAAGAGAUAAGAAUAUAAAUAUUUGUGGAACCUAAUGUUGUGUAACAGUUUGAUUGAGUUUGUUUUGAAAAUUUUAAGUAGACUGUUGUUAACUAUUUUGUUGGUAUUGUGGCUUUCAUGAUUGAUUGUUUCAUGAGUGGAUUGAAUGAAUGGAUUAGUAGUUUAAAUAAAUAUUUUAAAAAAUUAAACAUUUUUA